UCAUCACACAUUCUUCUUUCUAUUGUUCCUCCAAUGAACAACCAUCUAUGGCGUCUAGUUCAUCUCUUAGCUCUUUGCAUCAUGUCGGUUUCGGGCAAAGUUUUUGUAAGCAUAGAUUGUGGGGCCUCGGUUUCUUUCACAGAUGAAAACUCGAUUGUGUGGAAAGGGGAUAAUGAUUUGAUCUCGAGUGGGGUUACAUACACAGUGCAACCAGACCACUCAGUGUCUCAUGUUAUGGACACCUUGCGGGUAUUCACCACCCGAAGAAAAAAUUGUUAUUCUAUAGAAGUUGAAGAGGGUGAAAAAGUUCUGGUCCGGGCCGGGUUUAACUACGGUAACUAUGACAAUAAGUCAACUCCACCAAAUUUUAAUCUUCUUUUUGACGGAAACUUUUGGGUCAAUGUAAACGCUUCGGAUUUUAAAAUAUAUGAAGCUAUUUAUGUUGUGAAAAAGAAAGUUAUUAGCAUAUGCGUGGCGCAAACAAAGCCCAACCACCUCCCGUUUAUAUCGAGCCUUGAAGUACGUAGCCUAGACUCGCAACUUUACAGCAAAAUUGGCACAAAUUACGCGUUGUUAUUGCACUUUAGAGAUGCUUAUGCUACAAAUCAAACUAUAAGGUAUCCGUGGGACCCCUAUGAUCGAGUGUGGCUGUCUUCAGGUAAUACUACCCUAGUGCAUUUAAGAAAUGAUGCAUCUGUCAUUGAUGUUAAUGUGCCCGAUGAUCCUCCUCAAGCGGUCUUGAUGAACGCGAUCGCUACAGAAAACAUAACUCGUACAAUAACCCUAGGAUUAGGUACCUUUUAUUACCCAAUCCGUUACCCGGCCUACAUAAAUUUCUAUUUCUCAGAAACCAAAGAGCUCAAUUCUUCAGAAAUACGAUCUUUUAGAAUUUUUAAAGACAAUGUACCAUUCUCACUUCCGAUUGUGCCCCGCUUUGGAAAAGUUGUCGAAUAUACCAUCUCAAACCUCUCGAUCACUACCGACACUAACUUUUCCAUAGAAUCGCUUGGUGAUUCCACGCUCCCUCCUCUCAUUAACGCCUUUGAGAUGUUCUUGAUCAGUGAUGCUCUAAAUGAUGGUACCAACAACAACGAUGUGGAAGGUUUAGCUUCCCUUCAAAACGCAUUUAGCGUUUUACAAGAAUGGGGCGGGGACCCUUGUCUGCCCGCCCCAUAUUCAUGGGAAUGGAUAGAAUGCAGCAACGACUAUAUACCUCGCGUAACAUCACUAAAUCUUAGCAGUUUUAACCUCAACGGGCCACUUCCAGACUUUAGUAAAAUGGAUGCUCUUAAGACAAUAGAUUUGCAUAAUAAUAGCUUGACCGGACCAAUUCCUAAAUUCCUUGGCACCUUGCCAAAUCUGAAACAACUAAAUUUGGGUGAUAAUCAAUUCACUGGAUCCAUACCAAGAUCGUUAUCAAAAAAAUCCAACUUAAAUUUAUCAUAUACGGGAAACCCUGUUUUGUGUACCGAUGGUAAGUCAUGCAAAGGGAGUGGUAACAAUAAAAUGCCGAUAAUACUUGGGGUUACUAUCCCUUCGGUUUUCAUUUUGGUUAUAGCGGGUGUUUUGGUCGUAAGGCACAAUCGAAAUAAAGCCAGUGUUCCGUCACAUACAGGUGAUACGGGCCGUAUGGAAAAUGACUUAAGAGGUGGUAUGCAAGGAACUAAAGAGCAAGUCGUUGAGUUGAAGGGGAUAUCGGAAGAGCGGUUUUACAGCUCACCUACACCGUUACUAGGUGGAGGUCAACAGAUGUAGAUUUUGAGAAGACUUUUAAAUCUAUGAUGUUUACCAUCCAUCAAUAAUCUUGUAUUGGUUGGUUGUAUUUGGGUAAAUAAGAAAGUUUGAAAAUUAUUUUUUUUGAA